CCCCAAGCGUAUUUACCAGGCCGGUACUGUCUAUAUACAAGUGUUGCCACUCCUUUGAAGCCUCACGGAUGCCUGCAUAAAAGACGUCCCCUCCCUCAGCUCUGACGUGGGUAUUGCCUUCGAACGCAAUCAUCGCCUUUGCUUGUUCGUCCACCAUCCUACCUUCGACUAUCCCCCAUACUCGCUGCAAACAUUCGUCACCAAAAUGCAGCAAUACGCAGCUGCUGAGUGGCCAGUCCACGAGAUUAUUUACACCGCCAUUGUUGGUGUCAUUAUGCUGGCCGCAGUCCUGGAGUGGUUUUUAUGGAUAGCUGCCUUCAUGUACUGUCUAUACAAGGUCUUCAGAAAGGCCGAGCAUUGGACCAUCAGAGUCCUAGCUGUCAUCAUAUCCAUCUUGUUCUUGGCUUUCCGACUGAUCUUUCUACCAAUUAUGAUUGUCACGCUACCACUCCCGACAGAGAUCACACAAUACUUUCCAUCACAAGUGGUUGUUGUUUUGCAAUGGUUUGCGUUCUGGAGUUUCGCUGGGCUUUUGACUAUCCCUUGGCUGUUCUGCAUUUACCAGGUCGUCACAAAUCAGCUUGGACGAACGAAACGGAUCAAGCAAGUUCUUGACGAGGUCUCAGCGCCGAAAGUCGUCAUAGUCAUGCCGUGUUACAAAGAAGAGCCCGAGGUUCUCGUCACUGCGAUUAACUCCGUCGUUGACUGCGAUUAUCCGCCCUCAUGCAUUCACGUAUUCCUCUCGUUCGAUGGAGACCAGGAGGAUGAGCUCUAUCUUAACACUAUCGAGAAGCUGGGCGUACCCUUGACGCUUGAAUCAUACCCUAAGAGUAUUGAUGUCACUUACAAAGCGGCUCGCAUUACCGUUUCUCGAUUCCCACACGGGGGCAAGCGCCAUUGCCAGAAGUCGACCUUCAAACUCAUCGAUAAGGUGUAUAAGGAAUAUCUCAAGAGAAAUGACAAUCUCUUCAUCCUCUUCAUCGACUCUGAUUGUAUAUUAGACAGAGUGUGCUUGCAGAAUUUCGUUUACGAUAUGGAACUGAGCCCUGGCAAUCGCAGAGACAUGCUUGCUAUGACGGGUGUUAUCACGUCGACCACGAAGAAGCAUAGUCUCAUCACUCUGCUGCAAGACAUGGAAUAUGUUCAUGGACAGCUGUUUGAGCGCACUGUCGAGUCGGGGUGCGGUGCCGUUACCUGCUUACCGGGUGCCUUGACUAUGCUGCGUUUCUCUGCAUUUCGCAGAAUGGCCAAAUACUACUUUGCUGACAAGGCCGAAGAGUGUGAGGACCUCUUUGAUUUCGCCAAGAGUCAUCUGGGUGAAGAUCGAUGGUUGACACAUCUCUUCAUGAUUGGAGCCAAGAAGCGGUACCAGAUCCAGAUGUGUACAUCGGCUUUUUGUAAAACUGAAGCGGUACAGACCGUGAAAUCGCUGAUUAAGCAACGGCGAAGAUGGUUCCUUGGAUUCAUCACGAACGAAGUAUGCAUGUUGACGGAUUGGCGCCUCUGGAAGCGAUACCCGAUUUUAUUGAUUGUUCGAUUCGCCCAAAACACAAUUCGGACCACGGCGCUGCUCUUUUUUAUACUUGUCUUAUCUCUCGUAACAACGACUAUGAGAAUCGAUCAACUUCCUGUUGGGUUUAUUGGAGUCUCGCUUGGACUGAACUGGUUGCUCAUGAUCUACUUUGGUUGGAAGCUAAAGCGAUUCAAGAUCAUGCUGUACCCGGUCAUGUUCAUCUUGAACCCCUUUUUCAACUGGUAUUAUAUGGUGUAUGGAAUCUUCACUGCCGGCCAGAGAACUUGGGGUGGACCGCGUGCCGAUGCAGCUACUGCCAAUCAGGACACAACACCGCAGCAAGCCAUCGAACAGGCCGAGAACACUGGUGACGACCUCAAUAUUGUGCCGGAGACGUUCAUACCUGCCACGGAGAUACAAAGGGGUAAUAGCUUGAAAGAGAAAGGAUCUGGUAUCACAAGGGUCAAGAGUAACAAGAGCAAAUUGCUGCCACCUGAGAAGAUCGAGGGCAAGUUUGCCGCACCUCAGAAGAAAGCGGAUGGCUUCUAUGUUCAUGAUGAAGAUUCAAGGUACAGUUUUAACACUCUGGGCGAGUCCAGUUAUGAUAUGAAGAGCCGCCUCGCUCUACAACAUCGUGAUUCAUGGGAGAGCUUUCUCACCACGGGUAACAAUUCCGUAUACCUUCCAAGGCGAGUAGAGAGCAUUAUGGGAGACGAAGACCGCAAGAAAUACGAGUUGGCGCAGGCCAACCAGUAUAAUCAAUUCGUGGAAAGUUCAAAGAAAUAUGCCAUCCCGCCGCCUGGUCAGGUGUAUGAGAUUGGGGACAUCGAGACAGGAAGAUCCGAGUGGGACGUCGGCAAGAGAGCUACGGCAGCUGAUGCGGAACGGCCCCAACAGCAACGGAGACCUCGCAGUAAUGACAGCAGCGUUAGUUCACACUCGUCUCGAGCGCGCUCACCAGGCCCAGUCACGCCACCCAUCUCGCGGGGUCACUCAUCGCGCUCUGUGAGGCAAAGUAGCGCCAACGAGAGAAGAACUGGGCGGAGUCCUCUGUCACUUGGGGACUGGACGCGCGAUGCAGAGGACCCAGAGAUCGGCGAUGUGGUUGAGCCCAAAGGAUCAGGCAAAACGAACGACAGACAUGCGCCGCGGUAGUCUGAACGGCAAAGAAGUCGGAGGUUACAUUGAACCAACAAAAUAGAUUUACGUCAUUUUUGAACAGCAAGAAUGAAGGGUUGACGGGUUGGUUGUUGCAUGAUAGAACGGCGUUUUUAUUGGCUUUUUUUUUCUUCUUUAAAUCCUUCUUAUGUGUGUCCGUUUCUGCUUUUCCUGUUUGGUCAAAAAAUUGGAGCAUUUAAGAAUCUACCUUACAAUAUGAGCAUCUCCAGACAUGAUGGCGCUCAUCGCACAUAAAAUACCUAUUGUACUUAACCCCAUAUCAUACCCAGCCGCGGGCCAGAUGCCGGGUCUAUCUAUUCUACCUUCCUAGCUACCUUACCCACCCAGUCUAGAGGCCCGCAUUCUGAAUUUGACAUUCAUCUCCCAGUUCAUCUCAACGAUGCUCGAAUCACGCAAGCUUGAGACAGAUUCUGCGCCGCGACAAGUGAGAGAUUGGAUGGUCUGCGUAGUUUGAGUAGUUUUGGAUUAGCUAGUAUGGUAACGCGACUCAUGCUAUGGGGCGUCUUUCUACAUUGCUGGUUUGGGUAGCGUAUUUGUACCUAUUGAUACAUGUAUGCGCUGAAUGAUAUAUAUCCGAGCAACUUCCUUCAUGUGGUUGUAAUAGAGACGCUUGGCUUAUAGAAGCGGGCUUAAUGCACCCCGAUACAUGGCGUGGCGGCUUAGAUACCUGCUACGUACCUGCUACGUACAUAGGUAGUUAUG